CGAGGCGGCAGCGCGCGGACCUCGGGAGCCCGGGAGCCGGCCGGGGAGCCGCGUCGCUGCGGACGGGCGGCCCGGCCCAUGUCGGUGCAGCCGAGCCGGGAUGAGGGCUCCCGCGCUGCUGCUGCCCGCACUGCUGACCUGCUGCGGCUGGCUGCUCGCCCCGGUGUACAGCAUUCACCCGGAAUGCCGAUUUCAUCUGGAAAUACAGGAGGAGGAAACAAGAUGUGCAGAGCUUCUAAGGAGUCAACCAGAAAACCACAAAGCCUGCAGCGGUGUCUGGGACAACAUCACGUGCUGGCGCCCUGCGGAUGUCGGCGAGACCGUCACGGUGCCCUGCCCAAAACUGUUCAGCAACCUUUACAGCAAACCAGGAAACAUAAGCAAGAACUGCACCAGUGACGGGUGGUCGGAGACGUUCCCGGAUUUCAUGGAUGCGUGUGGCUACAGUGACUCCGAAGACGAGAGCAAGAUCACGUUUUAUAUUCUGGUAAAGGCCAUUUACACCCUGGGCUACAGUGUCUCUCUGAUUUCCCUUACAACCAGCAGCAUGAUUCUUUGCCUCUUCAGGAAGCUGCGCUGCACCCGGAACUACAUCCACCUGAACCUGUUCCUCUCCUUCAUCCUGCGAGCUCUCUCCGUUUUGGUCAAGGACGACGUCCUGUACUCCAACUCCGGCACGCUGCACUGCCCCGACCAGCCGUCCUCCUGGGUGGGCUGCAAGCUGAGCCUGGUGGUCUUCCAGUACUGCAUCAUGGCCAACUUCUACUGGCUGCUGGUGGAGGGGCUGUACCUCCACACCCUCCUGGUGGCCAUAUUCUCCCCCAGCCGACGCUUUGCGGCCUACCUCCUGAUUGGAUGGGGCAUCCCCACUGUCUGCACAGGUGCGUGGACUGCAGCCAGGCUCUCGUUAGAAGACACAGGUUGCUGGGAUACCAACGACCACAGUGUUCCCUGGUGGCUUAUACGAACACCAAUUUUAAUUUCCAUUAUAGUCAAUUUCAUCCUUUUUGUUAGCAUUAUACGAAUUUUACUGCAGAAGUUGACAUCCCCAGAUGUCGGUGGCAAUGACCAGUCCCAGUACAAGAGGCUCGCCAAGUCCACCCUGCUGCUCAUUCCGCUGUUUGGAGUCCACUACAUGGUGUUUGCCGUGUUUCCCAUCGGGAUCUCCUCCAAGUACCAGAUCCUGUUCGAAUUGUGCAUCGGAUCCUUUCAGGGCCUGGUGGUGGCGGUUCUCUACUGCUUUCUGAACAGUGAAGUGCAGAGCGAGCUGAGAAGGAAGUGGCGAGGCCUGUGCCCGAGCCGGCCCUCCGCCCGGGACUACAGGCUGCAUAGCUCGUCCAUCUCCAGAAACGGCUCGGAGGGCGCCCUGCACGUGCCCCGUGGCUCCCGCACCCCGUCCUUCCUGCAGACGGAGACCUCGGUCAUCUAGCGGCGAGGCCACUGCGCAGCGGAGCCGCGUGAGGCCACAGCGUCUUCAUCCUGAGACAUCACAGGCCUGGGUGCGAGUGCCCGUGACCAGGAUGGCUGGCGCGAGCUACGGGGAGCCUGAACAAGAGCAGCGGGCAGUGUCCAGGAACCACCCAGAAACCCUGGAGCCGGGGUCCCUGACUCAGAAGAUUUGCUGUGAUGAGAUCCACACGACCAACUGGAGAGCCAGCCCCCAUAACCUGGGACGGUCACUUGUGCUCGGACGUCAGACAUGUUCCCAGGACGGCCCUCCAAGGCCGCAAGCCGGAAACUGGACUGUCUGGACCAAUGAAGAGCAGAGGGGAGAGUGAGUGUUACUCAUUGUUGGCAGAGGAGCAGGUGAUCAGAGUCAACAUAUGUCUUUGUAAAGUGUUGUAACCAUGUGUGGAAUGUCCCCAAGCCACCAUGCCUGACCACUUGAAUAAAACCCGGUCCGUGUC